AAGGUCCUCUCUUCUCCACUAGCCAUGUUGGCCAGGAAUCAAGGCAUCCGAGUCAGCAGCAGCUCCCGGGGCUUCAGCGGUGGGUCAGCCGUGGUGGGCGGGGGCAGGAAGAUUGCCUUCAGUUCUGCCUCUGUCUCUGGGGGUGGAGGCCGUAGCUGCUCUGGUGGGGGCUUUGGCAGCAAGAGUCUCUAUAACAUGGGGAGGAGCAAAGGCCUCAGCAUGGCAGGGUGCCGGCAAGGGGCUGGUUUUGGAUUUGGUGCUGGAGGUUUCGGUGCUGGAGGUUUCGGUGCUGGAGGUUUCGGUGCUGGAGGUUUCGGUGCUGGAGGUUACGGUGCUGGAGGUUUCGGUGGGGCAUUCGGUGGCCAAGGGGGAUCCAACUUCCCUGUGUGCCCUGCUGGUGGGAUCCAAGAGGUGACCAUUAACCAGAGCCUGCUGACCCCACUCCACCUGGAGAUUGACCCAGAGAUCCAGAAGGUGCGGACAGAGGAGCGGGAGCAGAUCAAGACCCUCAACAACAAAUUUGCCUCCUUCAUUGACAAGGUGAGAUUCCUGGAACAGCAGAACAAAGUCUUGGAGACCAAAUGGAGUCUCCUUCAACAGCAGACAACCACCACAUCUGGAAAAAACCUAGAACCUUACUUUGAGAGCUAUAUCAACUGCCUGAGGAAGCAGCUAGAUAGCUUGACCAAUGAGAAGAGUCGCCUACUGUCAGAACUGAAGGUCAUGCAGGACAGUGUGGAGGACUUCAAGAACAAAUAUGAAGAAGAAAUCAACAAACGUACAACUGCUGAGAAUGACUUUGUGGUCCUCAAGAAGGAUGUGGAUGGUGCCUACAUGACUAAAGUGGAUCUGGAGGCCAAGGUGGACGCCCAAAAUGAUGAGAUCAACUUCCUGAAGGCUCUUUAUGAAUUGGAACUGAGUCAGAUGCAGAGCCACGUCAGUGAUACCUCUGUGAUCCUUUCCAUGGACAACAACCGAACUCUGGACCUGAACAGCAUAAUCAAUGAGAUCCAACUCCAGUAUGAAGAUAUCAUCCAGAAGAGCAAAGUAGAGGCUCAAUGCCUGUACCAGAACAAAGUCCAACAGCUUCAGAAUUCUGUUGACCUGCAUGGUGAUAGCCUGAAGAAUACCAAGAGUGAGAUCUCUGAGCUCAACCGGAUGAUUCAGAGGCUUCGGGCUGAGAUCGAGAAUGUCAAGAAGCAGUGCCAGACUCUGCAGACAUCAGUGGCCGAAGCUGAACAGCGUGGAGAGGUGGCCUUGAAGGAUGCCAUCACCAAACGGACUGAGCUGGAGGCUGCCCUGAGGAAGGCCAAGGAGGAACUGACCCGACUGUUGAGAGAAUAUCAAGAUCUGAUGAAUACCAAGGUGGCUCUAGACCUUGAGAUAGCCACUUACAGGAAGCUGCUGGAAGGAGAAGAGUGCAGGAUGUCUGGAGAAUGCCAGAGUGCUGUAAGCAUCUCUGUGGUUAGUGGCAGCAUCAGCUCUGGAGCCCUUGGAGGGGGCUACUCUGGCCUUGGCCUGGGCGGUGGUUUAAGUGGUGGUUUCGGCGGUGGUUUAGGCGGCGGAAGUGGCUUUGCAAUUGGUAGCAGUGGUGGCUCCAGCAACAAGAUCGUCUCUUCCACUAGCCUGAGCAAGAGAACCAGCCGAUAG